AUGGAACGGACGUUCAUAAUGGUCAAACCUGAUGGAGUCCAACGAGGUCUUGUUGGGGAAAUUAUACAACGAUUUGAAAGGCGAGGCUAUAAGCUUGUUGCAAUUAAGAUGAUGCAUGCCUCAGAACAGCUUCUUCAGAUUCACUACGAGGCACUCAAAUCUUUACCAUUCUUUCCAAAACUAGUUGCGUAUAUGUCAUCUGGACCUGUUGUACCAAUGGUAUUCGAAGGGCGUAAGGUUAUUGAGAACGGACGUACAAUGUUAGGUGCUACUAAACCUGAAGCAAGUUGUCCUGGAUCAAUAAGGGAGACUACUGCCAAGAUGUAGGAAGAAAUGUUGUCCACGGAUCAGACUCAACUGAAAGUGCUAACAGGGAAAUCAACUUAUGGUUUACUCCACAAGAACUAUGUCAAUAUAAACAAGCCGUUGACCCUUGGAUCCAUGAAUAGACUGCUGUUUGAUCACCAUUUUAUCCCUGUAGACUGAGUGAUUGGCUAUUUCCCAAAUAAAUUGAAGGUUGAAUUGUAUUACUACUAA